AUGGUUCUGCCUGGCAGGGUGGCCAGUUUUCUUCCAUCAUCUGCUUCCCACGGGUCAUCCCUCCCACCAAACCAGUCUAGAACAAAAACAACAUCCACCUGUCCUCUUCACAUGAGUUACUAUGUCAAACCGGAUGGUCCUAGUAACGAAGAUGACGACGAAAUGAUUAAAUCCAUUUUGGGACCACUGGGAUCCACUCGACAACGUCCUCGUGGUCACAGCAUUGUCAUUCUGAGUGACACGACAGGUGUCACGGCCAAGAGUGCCGUAGAGAAAUCACUGACACAGUUCAACGGCUGCGACGAACGAUACACGGCAUUUGAUGAAGAAGAUCCCUGUGAAUUGACUCAGAAACACAUGUAUCCCUUCAUUCGAAAACCAGAAGAAGUUGCUCCCAUUAUCGAACGAGCGGCACAACGCAAUUCCAUGGUUGUGUUUACGUUUGCCGAUCCCAAAAUGCGACAAUUGGUAGUGGAUUCCUGUGAAGAGGCUGGACUGUCCUAUGUGGACCUGUUGGGACCCAUGUUUGAUCUCAUGACGGAUUUUUUUCAAAGAGAACCCAUUGGCAUGGCUGGUCCUGGCACUCGCAGUCCCAUUCGGCGAGAAUUGACAGAGCUCUAUUAUAGUCAAGUCGAUGCCAUUGAAUUUACUUUGAAGGCGGAUGAUGGCAUGGCACCGUGGUUAUUACCAGAAGCGGACGUUGUCUUGGUUGGAGUCAGUCGAACAGGAAAGACACCCCUAUCAGUGUUCUUGUCUCAGUCACAGGCACUCAAAGUGUCCAACAUCCCUUUGGUACUGGAAUUAGAUCCACCCAAACAACUUUUUGAAGUCGACCCGAAACGAGUAUUUUGCUUGACACUCAAUCCUAUUGAUUUGCAGCGAAUAAGAGAAACAAGAUUGGAAAGACAACUGGAUAAUAUUCCUGGGGGAGAAUCAACCUAUGCCGACUGGAGCUAUCUCAAGAAAGAUCUAGCCAAGGCAAGACGACUCGCAGAUGAACAUGGGUUUACUGAAAUUGAUGUCACUGGCCGUGCUGUCGAAGAGACCGCCAGUCAAAUCAGUUCCAUGCUUAAUGAGCGCUUUCCAACAAUGGGAUGGCAGACUGAGUGA